UGCAGAAUCUUACUUGGUCGGCGGAAAAUAACACAAUAAUGUUAUGUAGUGCAAUUAUGAGUAAAAAAGUACUCCAAACUGAACUCUGCAACCAGCAAUACACUCACCUUGACAUAUGUCAAGUCAUGUGCCCGAAUUGUCAAACGUCAUCGUUCCUUUCACUGGAACCGCAACAAUGAGUGCUCCUGAUAAAAUUAAUUAAUAACAACACUACCAAAACCCGAUAAAAAAUGGGAAAUUACCUUUUUCCUCGAAUAGCCGCCAACCACUAAUUAAUCAACACAUCCACAGUAAACAAUGAACGACACCCUUGUGCAGGACCCCUCGGGGGCCAGCAUCGAAAACCUGUAUCCAGCUCUAACCAAAUGUUUCGCCAUCAUCAUCUGCGGCUACUUUGCAGGUCGUAUGAACUUAAUUUCAGAAACAGAAGCAAAAGGAAUCAACACGUUCGUGGGCACUUUUUCCCUACCGUCGCUCAUUUUUAUGUCUUUGGCACAACUGGACCUGACUUCCGUGAACUGGUUGUUUUUGCUGUCCAUUCUCAUUUCAAAAAGUAUUGUUUUUGUGGCGGUGAUUGUGAUUACGUUAUUGGUUGGUCGACCGGUGAAUUUAGGAAGGGCUGGAAUUUUUGCGAUUUUUUGUACCCAGAGUAACGAUUUUGCGAUUGGGUACCCUAUUGUGGCGGCCCUGUACAAAACUACACAUCCGGAUUAUGCUUCAUAUUUGUAUUUAAUGGCGCCCAUCAGUCUUGCCAUCCUAAACCCCAUUUCUUUUAUUUUUAUGGAAAUCGGGCGCCGCAGGGCUGGCAACACGACUGAUGUUUUAAUGGACGGCGAAUUGGCAACGUCUGACAGUAUUCAUAAACAAAGAUUCAAGGUGGCUGUGUCUGUGGCUAAAAGCAUUAUUUUCAAUCCUAUAGUUUUUAUGACAGUUUUGGGUAUUCUGGGGAAUUUGAUUUUUAGACACACGAUUCCUUGUUAUCUAGGGGAAGUUCUAGAUACUUUAGGGUCGGCUUUUUCGGCUAGUGCUUUAUUUUUAUUGGGGCUACGCAUGGUGGGCAAAGUCCACCAACUACGUGGAGCCACUCUUGUAGUUCCUGGAAUUUUAAUAAUGGUCAAACUAAUCGUUCUCCCUCUAGUCACUAGGGAAGUCGUCAGCGUGAUCCACGCUGGCUACAAUGCAAGCGAAACGGUAGAUCUGAGUACUUACGGGUUCCUUUAUGGUACUUUCCCAUCAGCGCCUACUGUGUUUGUUUUUGCGACGCAGUAUGCCAUAGACAUCGAUUUAAUCGCUAGUGCUAUGGUCGCUUGCACUUUCAUCAGCGCCCCCUUGAUGUUUGUAUCCGCAAAAAUGAUAACCUUGACGAAAACCGAUCCUUCUGAGUACAUCAAGCAACUAGAUUCGUUUACGCUAGAUGUCAGUAUUGUAGCCACCAUUACUUGUUGUUGGGUGAUUUUCGUCUUUAUACUGACAAAGAAAAUCUCUAGGUUACCCCACAAGGUCACUGCUUGUCUAGUCAUAUCGCAGCUUGUUAGUUGUCUUGGGGCCAUUUUGUGGAAUACUCUGGAACAAAAAGAGGGUUGGGCGGGAUUUUUCCAAUCAUCCCUGUUUAUUACAGGGGUGUACAGUUCACGGCUGUGGACCACAAUCUUGGCCAUCACUUUGUUAUUUUUACAGUGUAGAAGUUUAUGCUACGUUUUAAAACUACAACCGUUAUUUUUUAUUGUUGGUUGGGGAGUUCCCCUAACUGUGACUGUGGUAUUAUUGUUACUUGAAACGAAGACGAGUUUACCACUUGAUAAAAGAAACCCGAAUUUCGUAUAUGGUACGCCGCAGGCGAUUAUCGCAAUCGCGUUGUUGGUGUUGUGCUUCAUAGUAACCGUCGGUUGCUUGAUCCUACAACAGCGCCACCACCGCCGCUUUACCCGCUACCUAGAUCUAGCUCAAGACGUUUCGUCCGAGCAAGAACCUUCACCUUCGAGCAGCACCGAGGUUGAAACCAACAUAGAAAGUCCCAACCCCGGUACAAGCUCCGACAGCGGUAUAAGUCCCGGUAAAAGUAACCUCUGUGGAGCCUUACCCACGAUCAACGAAGGCUGCUGCGAGGAAAGUCCGGUCGUCGACAUCGAAGACCUUUUCGUCGGUACCUCCAGCGACAUCAAGAAUCUCCUUCCGGCGAUCGACAACGAAGGCCUUUGUCCGUCGCGGUUCGGCUGUCAAGGCCCGAAGCGGCGCCAAUGCCAGGGCAUUGUGCGCCAGUACCAGGAACAAAUCGACGACGAUCUCGAAUACAUCGAAGAGGAGCCGGAAUCGCACGAACCCCAAUUUUUGAGACACACGGUGUUGUUGAUCUUGUUGUUGUGUUCCAUGUUUGUGGGUCUGGCUCUGUCCAUCUGGACCCUCGUCAUGGAACAAAUCUCUGGAAUCUACGUCGAGUUGUCCUUCCUCGACGCGACUCUCAACUUCGGUCAAAGUAUCAUAGUUUUCGGUAUUUUCGGUCUGGAUUUGAAAGAAGUGGCCUUGCCGCUGCUGAAACUGCGCCGUUUGAUUUGGUACGGUGCCAAUACCUUGGUGCUGCCAUCCUGGCACGAACUAACCCCAGAAACACGCCAUAUCUGCGACCAGUUCGUCACCCACCAUUUACAGAGUUGUCGAAGUUCUAUAGCUUCUGACAAAAGAUGGCGCAUCAAGGUUUACAGGAACGUGUUUACUGGUCACCAGUUUGUGGACUGGUUGAUCGAGGUGGGUCUGGCCCGGGACCGAGGCGAGGCCGUGAAUUACGCACGGCAUUUGAUCGAAGGGAAAGUCUUGAAGCACAUUAACGGGGUUUAUCAUUUCUAUGAUAGGAAUCUGUUGUAUAGUUUUGUUUAAGCUUGAUUGUUGAUUAUGUUAAGGCCAAAGAGUAUUUUUGUAACGGGUUAUUGAGUGUGUUUGUGUGGAAUAUGUGUAAAAAGUGUGUUGUAUGGCGCCAAUGCCGGGCUAGAGAUUAUUUUAUUUUUAAUAUUGUUUGUAUUGAGUGAUACGACUGUAGCACUACUAUAGGCGAAUUCGGUUAAGUCUCCAAAAGACAAUAUUUAUAAGUAAAUAUGUGUGAUUGUUGCAAAUAAAGCGAUGUCAGUCGUGAAAA